GGCAGUGAGAUUACACCCCAAGUACGUUCAUGCCAUGAACAAUCUUGGCAAUAUAUUAAAGGAAAGAAAUGAGUUAAAGGAAGCUGAAGAGCUCCUGUCAUCUGCGGUUCAUAUCCAGCCUGAUUUUGCUGCAGCUUGGAUGAAUUUGGGUAUUGUGCAGAACAGUCUGAAAAAGCUUGACGAGGCUGAACAGAGCUAUAGGAACGCAAUUCGAUUCAGGAAGAAAUACCCAGACUGUUAUUACAACUUGGGACGUCUGGGUGGUUUUGGUCUUGG